GAUGGAAGACUUUGUUGUGGAUUGGGUGGUCUGUUUGUCCAGGCGAAAGAUGGAAUUCUUGGCAUGAAAGAAGGAAACAUUGCUGUAUUGGGUCCUGGUCAUGGAGCAACCAAAGAUAAUAUACCGGUAGAGCAAGCUCAACUAGAACAGAGCUCAGUGCAUGAAAGCUCUUCUGAAGAAUACAUUCUAAUUCAAGAAAAAGGUAUAGAGAUGAGAAAAAGACAUCUGUCAAGCAGUAGUCAAACAGAAGACGAUAGAGACAAACCUGUUAAAGAGCAACAGAUCCGUCUGAGUAUGCUAACAACAAAGCUGCCACCUGAACUACAGAUUCUGAAAACCAAGCUUGGUAUCCCAUUGGUUAAGUUUGAAGAUGCCCACGUCUAUCUGGAUCCGUUUGAAAGACAUCAUCCCUUUGAAACGAGGGAUUUUCUUGUUACUGCGAUACUGAAACACUAUACCGAGGAACUGAAGAGCCAAGCUGCUAAGAUCCUUGGUUCGUUUGAUUUUCUCGGUAACCCAGUAGGUUUGCUGACUGACGUACGUGAUGGUGUAUCAGGAUUAGUCAAACAUGGUAAUUUAUUUGGAUUUGUGGAAAAUGUCACUCAUGGUGUCUCAAAUUCAGCUGCAAAGAUGACUGGUUCCCUGUCAGAUGGUAUCGGAACCAUAGCAAUGGACAGUAGACAUCAAGACAUCCGGGAGACGAUUCGUUCAUCGCAUAGUGGUAGUAGUAAAGAUCACAUUGUAGCCGGAUUGAAAGGACUUGGCUUUGGCAUUGUCGGUGGGUUGACUAGUGUGUUUACACAGACGUAUGAUGGCGCAUCCCAGGACGGUGUGGAAGGCUUCUUAAAAGGUCUUAGUAAAGGUGUUGUAGGGACCGUAACUAAACCUGCCGCUGGAGUCUUGGAUUUGGCCGCUAGUGCUGCUGCUGCUGUCAGAGAUUCCAGCAAAUUGGCUCAGGUGCAACCAUCUCGUGUUCGUAAACCACGUUGUUGUAUUGGUCCUGGUGGUAUGUUGACGAAAUAUAGUGAAAACGCGGCUGAAGCACAGGUGAAAUUGCUACAUCUGAAUGAUGGCGAUCUAACUGAAAGGUUUAUAGCAUUGGAACAGUUACGAGUUGACAGAGACAACAAAGAUGGUGGCAAUCUAUGUGCACUGGUCAGCUCAGAGAAGGUUUACUUUCUUGGAGGAGACCCAAGCAAUAUUGAACUUACGGAAAUUGUCUUGGUUGUUCUAUAUUCUGAUUUAUAUGGGGCACAGCAUAUGCAGAAAGAUGGUAAAGACUACAUUGAAUUAACGAUGAAAGCAGAUAGUGAAAUGGGUAUAGGUGCGCCGUAUCAUGCACAACAGAAGAGACCUCAAGUCAGAUGUGAUUCCAGUGAAAUUGCACAAAAGGUGACUCAACUGAUAAACUAUUCAAAGAACCAGUAUGACGAACUGAAGCAGGUAUUGUCAAUGUUACAACACAAUACAGGCCUACAGCUGCAGAUUUAGGGUAUACAUUAUGCACACUAUGGAAUAGUAAUUCAUGUACAUAUAUAACUCUCGUUUUAGUUUUAGUGAACUAUUUUUUUUUGUACAUAAAUGGUUGUAAUGAUAAUGCUUGUAAAUUUUAUUAUAUUAUUGCAAGUUAAGGGGACAUAUGCUGGAACUUUUGACCUGUGUCCAUUCCUUGGUGCAUUGACAUACAUAGAUAUCAUGUCUAUGAAUAUCCUGAAAAUUUGCUCUACGCACACAUCCAUGAUGUUAUACAUGUUGUACAUUGCAACUGGCAUCAUGCCACAUACAUGGAAUAAGCAGGUUAAAUUAGUUGCUGCGUAUGGCCCUUUAAAACUACAUAAGACGUGCAUGUAUAUUCCAG